AGAAAUUUCAGUUCAGAGAGAGAGAGAGAGAAGGAGAAAAAGAAAGAGACACUAGGAGGGAGAAAGGCAGGGGACGCGCUGUAGCUUCCUUCCAUCACUAAAGCAAUAACCUAUUAGGAUAUCCUUUGGCUCCUAUCACCCCAGAGAUGCAAAGAAGGAGAGAGCAGCAGCAACCAGCCCAACUCUGACAUUUCUAAUAAGAACUUACAGACUUAACAUGCCCGCCUCUCUACACUGAGGAGACAGGAAUGGAAAAUGUGUGCAGUGUAGAGUGGAAAAUACCCCUGAUCUAAAGAAGUGCACUGGCUUUUGUGCUUGCUGGUUGGUUGUGGCGGUGUAUGCACGUUAAGCACCAGAAGGAUCGUCGCCGGAUAGAAAUGAAACGUGGAGAGGAUGACUAACGACAGAACUGUGAAUUUGUUCUCUGGAGUUGCUAAUUUCCCACCCCGAAGCAACACAUUUCGCAAAGAGCAAGCGUUUGGCUGCUGCUGAUUUCUCCAAAACCGGUGGUUUAGCAGAUGCUUUGUGCUGUAUGUGUUGGAUCAGAUCCUUGCUGAGCCGCAGCAGAUCGGCAAAGGUAGACAACCAGUUUGCUGUCUCCAAAUAAGAAAUGAGAUGUAAUGCAUCCUGCAGUCCAUGCACGCCUCCUCUUGCAAAUCGUGCACCAUUCCUCCUUGGAAACCUUUAAAUCCUAAAAUCCAGAAAAAGAGAAUAAACACAUUAUCAUGGACCUGAGGGAUUUUUACCUGUUGGCCGCUCUGAUUGCCUGUUUAAGGCUGGAUUCAGCUAUAGCUCAAGAACUUAUUUACACUAUUAGAGAGGAGCUGCCUGAAAAUGUACCCAUAGGAAACAUACCAAAGGAUCUGAACAUUUCUCACAUCAAUGCUGCCACAGGGACCAGCGCCAGCCUUGUCUACAGACUGGUUUCUAAAGCAGGGGAUGCCCCUUUGGUCAAAGUGUCCAGCACCACCGGGGAAAUCUUCACCACCUCUAAUAGAAUAGACAGAGAAAAACUCUGUGCUGGAGCCUCCUAUGCUGAAGAAAAUGAGUGUUUUUUUGAACUUGAAGUGGUGAUUCUCCCCAAUGACUUUUUUAGGCUGAUCAAAAUAAAAAUAAUUGUAAAAGAUACCAAUGACAAUGCACCUAUGUUUCCAUCCCCUGUCAUUAAUAUUUCCAUACCUGAAAACACAUUGAUCAACAGCCGCUUUCCAAUUCCAUCAGCAACUGAUCCUGACACUGGUUUCAACGGUGUACAGCACUAUGAACUGUUAAAUGGGCAGAGUGUCUUCGGACUGGAUAUUGUUGAAACUCCAGAAGGAGAGAAAUGGCCUCAACUGAUUGUACAGCAAAACUUGGAUAGAGAGCAGAAGGACACCUAUGUGAUGAAAAUCAAAGUAGAGGAUGGAGGAACCCCUCAGAAAUCCAGCACAGCCAUACUGCAAGUCACAGUAAGUGAUGUCAAUGAUAACAGGCCAGUUUUUAAAGAGAGUCAGGUGGAGGUUCACAUACCAGAGAAUGCCCCAGUAGGCACCUCUGUAAUUCAGCUUCAUGCUACAGAUGCAGAUGUAGGAAGCAAUGCAGAAAUCAGAUAUAUUUUUGGUGCCCAAGUUGCCCCUGCAACCAAAAGGCUCUUUGCUUUAAAUAACACAACAGGGCUGAUUACAGUUCAGAGGUCCUUAGAUCGAGAAGAGACUGCUAUUCACAAAGUGACAGUGCUGGCCAGUGACGGUAGCUCUACUCCUGCUCGGGCAACUGUUACCAUCAAUGUCACUGAUGUAAAUGAUAACCCUCCUAACAUAGACCUCAGGUACAUUAUAAGUCCCAUCAAUGGCACAGUAUACUUAUCUGAGAAAGAUCCUGUCAAUACAAAGAUUGCCCUAAUUACAGUUUCAGAUAAGGACACUGAUGUGAAUGGCAAAGUGAUCUGUUUCAUUGAGAGAGAGGUCCCAUUUCACUUGAAGGCAGUUUAUGACAACCAGUAUUUGUUAGAGACCUCUUCCUUGUUGGACUAUGAGGGCACCAAAGAAUUCAGCUUUAAAAUUGUUGCCUCUGAUUCUGGCAAGCCCAGUUUGAACCAGACUGCCCUGGUAAGAGUUAAACUGGAGGAUGAAAAUGACAACCCUCCAAUUUUCAGCCAGCCUGUAAUUGAGCUGUCAGUUUCUGAAAACAACCGUCGUGGUCUAUACUUAACAACUAUUAGUGCCACAGACGAAGACAGUGGGAAAAAUGCAGACAUUGUUUAUCAGCUUGGCCCUAAUGCCUCCUUUUUCGAUCUGGAUCGAAAGACGGGAGUUUUGACAGCCUCCAGAGUUUUUGAUAGAGAAGAGCAAGAACGUUUCAUUUUCACUGUAACAGCAAGGGACAACGGCACCCCUCCUCUGCAGAGUCAAGCGGCUGUAAUUGUUACUGUGCUGGAUGAAAAUGACAACAGUCCUAAAUUUACUCAUAAUCACUUUCAGUUUUUUGUAUCUGAGAACUUACCAAAGUAUAGCACCGUGGGAGUGAUCACAGUGACCGAUGCAGAUGCCGGGGAAAAUAAAGCAGUGACCCUUUCCAUCCUGAAUGAUAAUGAGAACUUUGUGCUGGAUCCUUACUCUGGAGUUAUAAAGUCCAAUGUUUCUUUUGAUCGAGAACAGCAGAGUUCGUACACCUUUGAUGUCAAGGCCAUUGAUGGAGGACAACCUCCUCGCUCUUCUACAGCAAAAGUAACAAUAAAUGUCAUGGAUGUUAAUGAUAACAGCCCAGUUGUCAUAUACCCACCUUCUAAUACUUCUUUUAAGUUGGUGCCACUCUCAGCAAUCCCAGGCUCUGUCGUAGCAGAAGUAUUUGCUGUGGAUAUAGACACUGGAAUGAAUGCUGAACUUAAAUAUACAAUUGUAAGUGGAAAUAACAAAGGUUUAUUUCGUAUUGAUCCAGUGACAGGUAAUAUUACUUUGGAAGAAAAACCAGCUCCUACUGAUGUGGGGCUGCAUCGUUUAGUGGUCAACAUAAGUGACUUGGGUUAUCCUAAAUCCUUGCAUACUCUUGUGCUUGUAUUUUUGUAUGUAAAUGACACUGCUGGAAAUGCCUCUUAUAUUUAUGACUUGAUACGUAGGACUAUGGAAACACCCUUGGACAGGAAUAUAGGGGACAGUAGCCAACCCUAUCAAAAUGAGGACUAUCUUACUAUCAUGAUUGCUAUAGUGGCAGGUGCUAUGGUUGUGAUAGUGGUGAUAUUUGUCACAGUUCUGGUUCGCUGUCGACAUGCCUCUAGGUUCAAAGCGGCACAAAGGAGCAAGCAAGGUGCUGAAUGGAUGUCUCCCAAUCAGGAGAACAAACAGAACAAGAAAAAGAAAAGGAAGAAAAGGAAGUCUCCUAAAAGUUCUCUUUUGAACUUUGUUACCAUUGAGGAGUCGAAACCUGAUGAUGCUGUUCAUGAACCUAUCAACGGGACGAUAAGCCUUCCAGCUGAGCUGGAGGAGCAAAGUAUAGGAAGAUUUGACUGGGGCACAGCACCACCAACAACCUUUAAGCCUAACAGUCCUGAUCUUGCUAAGCAUUACAAAUCUGCCUCUCCACAGUCUGCUUUUCAUCUUAAACCUGACACUCCAGUAUCAGUGAAAAAGCAUCAUGUGAUUCAGGAACUUCCAUUGGACAACACCUUUGUUGGUGGUUGUGACACCCUUUCCAAACGCUCUUCCACUAGUUCAGAUCACUUCAGUGCCUCAGAGUGCAGUUCCCAAGGAGGCUUCAAGACAAAGGGCCCCUUACACACCAGACAGAUGCUCCACCCAUCUGAGGAUCCUCUCCUUUAUAACAUCUUCGUUUCAAAACUGCCUACAAGACAGUGAAUCUGGUUCACAGUCAGUACUUACUCAGCAGGAGACAUUUCUCACUCACAUUUGAUACCUGCUGGCUGCUGCUUUCAAUUAUGGCCUAUACUGGAGAGCAGAACUGUUGAAGUAACGGAAUCAAUGAUGUAAUCAAACUAGUUAAGAUGCUUGCAGGGUAGCUACAGGGUUCUGGGCAUUGUCUAAUUCCUGCCAUAAGCAAAAUAGUGACAGGUCCUGCUCUUGUUUUGUUGCUUUCUUAGAUGGCAAAAAACUAGACAUUUGUUCAUUAUAUUGUGAAAUCACAUCCCGGGAUAUUGUUGAAUCUGCCCUGCAGCUAAUUAUCAGAUGAUUGUAGGUAAUGAAAAUAACCUUUCCCUUCUACUAGGAAUAUAGUAUUAACCUUGAUCAAGUAGGUGCAUUAUUUUUGUGUGUUCCUGGCCCUGUGGUACAUAUGGAUUUAUUUGAUAUGAAUUAAUGGUACUGUUUCCCAGAAUUUGGGUAUUGGUGUUUUACCAGAGGAAUGGGCAUUUUAUACACUGCAUCUUGGCACUGAGAAUGACCAGAGACGGUGGGCCUGAUUCACAUUUACACUAAGGCUAUUUAACAAUGCUCUGGUUGUGGAAAGGGGCCUUAAAUAGGGUAUAAACAGAAUUUACCGUGGGCAUGAUUCUGGUCUCACACUAGUUUUCCACUAAUGAAAUUCUAGUUAUGUCACUGAUGUUGUCCUGUGUGGCAGAGUAGAAUCAGACCCAUAGCCUCUAUACAGUUCUCCCCCUUCUCAUUCUCACACACCCCACAGCACACAUGAUAUGGGAGGAAAGUUCUACGACCCUUCUGGAGCCCUCAGAAUCGCCAGCACCCAUUUUUCCUCUUUGCAACUUGUUACAGCCAUCCUUCUUCUACUGAGGCUGUCUGGAUGGCAGUCCCGUGGGCACUCUUGAGUGGUUGCUGUUCAUUAAAGUGAGGUAUUCUGUCUCUUUGAAUAGCAAGAAUGCAAGAAAAGAAGGCUAAGUCCUUCCCCUGUAUGGCAAUUCAGAGCAUGACCAGUAGGCUGGCCAUUUGAUGCUAUUGCAAUAAUAUCUUCACUUCAGUGCUGUAUCUAACAUCUAGCUCUGUUUUCUGUGUUUCGUUUGUUUUAUCAUGGGGUUUCCAUGUAUUACAUAUGGCCUUUAAAAGCUAGAGCUCAAAUUCCACUGCUGAAGAAGCAUGUGGUAUCAAAGGACUAACAGUAGUACAGAUCUAAGUAGUGGUGUGAUUCACUAGAGGUGAUGUGCAGUAUAGUGAGUAGUUGUAAACACAUUGUAAUAAUCUCUGAUGUUACAUGCCACUUGUUGUCAUGCCCUACAUUUUCCUCUUACACAUCUCAUGCAUGCAAUUUCCAAUUGAGAUUCAUUUUAAUGUAUCCUUAAUAUGUUCCUUAACAUGUUAAUGGCACUUUGACAUUUUAAGGACAGAGGAACGGUGCCAAAACUAUGGAAAAAUCUUUAACCAACAUACUAGUUUAAAUAAUUCAGCACUCAUAGUUUUAAGACCCAAAGGUAUUUUUACAUGUGUAGAUGUAAAGAUUAGAUGCAUGUUUGGGGAGAUCACUGCUGUCCGACUUUAGUAAAGGACAUAAAGAAGUUGUACAUUUAACACAAGCUUGUACUGGUAUGAAAUAGAUGCCAUGAUUUUCUGAUCAUGUGUGAGAACAGAAUCUCAAGUUUAGUGUAGGAGACCUGUGGUAAUUUAAGGUAGGGUAACAAAACAGUGACAUCCAUUAUUUUAAAUCUGAGAACAUCAGAAUAUCAAAUUAUGCUUCUCCCACUUACUGUGGCAAUGUACUUUAGAGGAGGCUUUAGAGAAAUUACUUACUUGACUCUUGGGGCAAGUCUACACUACAGCAUUCCAUCGUCGCAGCUGCACCAAUGCAACUGCGUCAGUGUACCGCAUCUGGUGAAGAUGCGCUAUGCCGACCGGAGAGCAGUCUCCCGUCAGCAUAGUUUCUGCCUCUUGUGGAGAUGGAGUAAUUAUGUUGGUCGGAGAGUGUUUCCUGACGAAAGCGCUGGUGUGGACAGCACUUAGGUUGCUGUAACUUGUGUCGCUCAAGGGGGUGUCUUUUUCACACCUCUGAGUGAUGUAACUUAAGUGGUAUUGUAGACCAACCCUUAGAAAAACACCAGCAAGAGGAACUUGGCUUGUCCCUUGCCUGGAUUGGAGUAGCCAUUCUGAUAUAUUAAAAUGAAGACAAAGGGCUUACUCAGGCGAAACACCCAUUUGCAUCAUUUAGAGUUUUGCUUGAGUAAGGACUGUUUUCCCGUAAUCACUGUGUUCCUUGGACAAACCAUUUUGAAUCUGAUCCAGUAAAGCGGAGCAAGCUCCUUCAUCUGGCACAUUAAAUGGAAGCUCAGCUGGAAAAGGAAAUGUAGUAUUUUGCCUUUACAUUUCAACUGAGUGAGAAUUUAUUAUUUUAAGCUUAGAGGGUGAUUAGCAUCUCCAAGCAAUGUAACAUCACUUACGAAGUCAGGUGACAGAUCGCUGGGCUAAAUACGUGGAUAUAAUUAGGCACGUUGAUUCUAUUAAUGAAAACAAAAAUAAAUGAAUGUCAUGUGCAUGCUUCCCGUGCAGUUCUUUCAGAGUAACUCACUUCUGACUUGCAGCACUCCUGCUGUUCGAGUCUGGGAUCUUUCUUUGACACAGAAAGUCUUUCAUGCAAAUUUGCGUGGUGGGCAAGCAUCCAAGAGAGAAUAGUUUAAAGUCUAAACCCACUUCCACUUUUGACCAGAUUUACAUUUGAACCAGGGUGGCUAAUGGUGAAAGACAUGUAUAGCACUGUGCAAGUGGGACCUCUCUCACACAGUUUUUAAAAAGACCCAGGCCCUGAUUCUCCUCUCACCCACUGCAUUGAUUUCAGUGGAAUUACUCAUGAUUUAUACCAGUGUGAGAAGAGAAAGAAUUAGAUUCAUGAUUUCUAAAACAAGCGAGGGAUUUUUUUCCACUUGCACUCAAGCUUGUGGUAAAUUCUUAGAUUUGUGCCAAAAAAUAUGAAAAGAAGUCACCAACUGUUCUGCAGCUCUUUAGGCAAUUAUCACUGAACACACACCAUGGUUCAAAUGCCAUGAGCACAAAGAACUGCAGAAAGCAAAAUCUAUGUAAAUUGCAAACAAACAAGUGAUGCAAACCCUAAUAGUACUUCUUGGUUAAUACACAUUGAUUGUAAAAUUUAAACAACAUUUCAGUGAUCCAGUAAAUGUUUCGAUUAAUAUAAUAAAUGAUUGGAGGGUACAUGGAAACAAUGUUUGGAAGUGAAUUUCUCUCUGAGAAGUAUUGAAUAUAUUCUAUUUAUGGACCCAUAAUAUUUGUUAAAGAGCUUAGUGAAACCAGUAGACCCAACAGGGCGGGCAUUAGGCUGAGAUCAUACCAGUAGCUCCAUGCUUUGGUUGCUAUGAGAGUCACAAGAAGAAAUAGAUCAUGUUGAAUAAGAAGUGAGAAAUACUAUAAUCUGAUGAUUUGGUAUUUUGGCAGAGUUCUUUUUCUUACUACAAUUAAAGCAGAUAUUUAAUACUAUACUCAAAACUUGCCAUUGUUACUGUGACUUUAUUUUUGCAAUUAUUCAUGGAUUUGAUAGUACAAAGCAAAAACGUUGUAGAUCACGGGGAGCAGGAGAGGGCAGAAAGGCUCGGAGACCUCCAUUGAGUAGCUAAGUACUCUCCAUCUUUAGGAUGCACCUUUAGGACGCAGGAUGUGAUUGGCAGGAACCGUAUGCUUACACCAGGCCUCCAGUGGGAAUCAGCAUGCUCAGAGUGCCUAGAAGUAAAUAUGAUUGCUUUCCCUGAUAAUUUUUUGCCCCGAUUCCCCAUUGUUCCCCUGGGUCCAUGGAGUCUAGGGGCUGGAUUCUGCCAUCUCUUGAAAACUAGCUUAUGGGACCUUUGUGACUUUAGCACUUCUGAUGUUGCAGCGGGCUUAAGCCCUCCUUCUGUUCUGGGGACUUUGGCUUCUCUGCAUGUCUGCUAACGGCGGGGAGCAUGAUGGUACUCCCCCCUCUCCUCUGGGCUACUACUCACAGUUAGUUACCUUUGUUUUAUUUCACAGAAAAAUAAACAAAUUCUUACAGGCAAGACUCAUUAACUUUGUGAAGUAAAACAAAUGGGGACAAAAGCAGUUCUCUGGUAUGUCCUUCGACUCACAUUAUUUCACCAGAAGAUAACUAUGCUAGUUGAUGAGGAGGGCUGGUGUAAUGUUCAGCACAGUCUUCUAUCUUCCAUGUUUGAACACCAGCAGGAAUUCCAGGCCUGAUUCUGAUCUCUUUUGUGCUGAUGCAAAUCAGGAGCAAAUCCAGAGAAGACAGUGGGGAUACACUGGUGUAAAACUGAUAAAUGUGUGAGGAGAAUUGGGCCUUCUGCACAGAAGUGGAGGUUUUUUUAACCUGCUGUUUUCAGUAUGUUAGUUUAAUUUGCAUCGUUCACAGAAUUUCAUCUAUUCCUUGCACAUUUGUCCUCUUCCUCAGUUAUAUCUCCAUGCUUUGGCAGGAGGAAUACAUAUAAAUGAAAGUGUGUGCUCUUUAAUAAGAAGUAAAAGUUUUUACUAGUAGGGGCUGAGAUUUGGCUUGAAGUGGUAACUGCAAUAAAUAAACCUGAGAGAAGUGAAUCCUGCUUUUUUUGUUGCCAUGGUGUUGUUUGUCAGCGUGGGUGUUACUGCUAUGUGGACUUCAGCGUGUAGGUGGCUUAGACAAAGGCUUGCUCGGUAAAAGAAGUUCUAUCGAGAUACAGCUGUAAAUUAUCUUCAGACCAGCGUUGUGGAUCUGCUAGCACACAUUGCACUUUGCUGUGCCUGCAGGGGCUGUUGUGUCCUUUGAUUGAGUCCAUUCCCAAGGGAAGGCAUCUGCAGGACAGCACUACCCACUGCUGUCACUGCGCCAAUUCUCUGCUGGAUAUCAGGCAGAGUGGAGGAUUCAGGACACUUGCCUUGCUGUAGCUCCCUUCCAGACAGAUUUAGUCAGCCUGCACUAGAUCUGGGUGAAUAACUCUUUCCAUUCAGUGGCAGUCUGAAAAAAGAAUGUUAAUAAUAAUGAAAAAAUUGUCUUGAGUCAAACGACUUGGCCCUAUUUCACUUGCCUUGAUUUCAGCGGGAGCCCACUCGUCCCAAUGGAGCUUGCCCCACUAUGUGGUCAUUUUUUCACUAAUUUUCUCCUUUCUGUGCUUUCUCAAGAUGCCCUCCAUUCCUAGCUUUUACUCACCUUCUUUCUGAGCCUGAUAAUACAGCUCCACGUUAUCUUUCAUGUGGGCCCCCUCUGUGGUGAAAAUCCCCUUUUAGGAUGUCCCCAGGGCAAGCGCUGGCUGCAGAAGCCCUGAUAUCACAGCUUCAAGAGGUACCAGGGAGUGGGAAGGAGGCAUAGCGCCUCUACUUGAUGGCCUUGAUCUUUAUGAGAUCCUGCAAGAAACAGGUUUGUGGUGAACUUUGUUACCUUUUCCCCAUUUUUUGCCCUAUCACAUCCCUGCGACACGUCUCUGUAAAGAGACCUUCUUCCAAAGCUGCCUGCAGGAGGUUUUUCCAAGGGAGGAGGUAAUCAGGAUAUCUUCUUAUAAGGCUCUCUAGACAUCCUGGCACACAUUCAGACGGUCUGGGGAUGGAUACUUGACCUAACCAUAGUCUCUGGAUAAUGCCAUUAUUCUAGAGAAGCAUUUUUUUAGCGAGAUCCCUGCAGUUUUGUCUAGAAUUAAUAUUCCCAUUUGCUUCUUGUCUCAACAAAUACUCUUCAUACAAAGUGAAGCAGCUAAUGUGCUCAGAUUACCUAGACAACAUGAUAAAAUGAAAUUUGGAUUAAUAAUGGAGAAAGAUAUAUAUUCAUAGUGCUCAUUUUGUAAAGAUGAUAAAAAUACUGGAAGGUCAACGAUGUUGCCUAUCAUCAAAUAAAUUGUGUUCACAUUGUUUCAGUAGAUCCAGUUUAAUCCAAAAAUGCUUAUACAUUCAUUUUUGUAUUACAGAUUAAAAUAACCAAUUCACUGUUUAAACGGCCCAGACAGCACAACAUUCGUAGCUUUUCACUGCAGAUGGCUGCAGGAUAAUAACACCAAUAUGAAAGAAAAAUAGCGCUUGCUGGAUUUUUGUUUGGUUAAUUCUGUGUUGUCUGUGGGUGCAAUAUUUUCGCAUACAUGCACAGAUUCUCUUAAUGCAGCAGUAUAACAGUAUUCACUGUCACACGUAUAUAGUGCUUUAGAUGGGAGGGAGACCUUGAGUGGGAAAAGGAACUGUUGGUUUUGAAAUCUAAAACUGCGAGUUAUGAGAAGCAGAGUUGUCGAGCUUGAUUCUUGUUUACAUGAAGGCCAAUUUACAUCACUUUGGUAGUAUACAGGAGCAUAAAAGUAGAAGUACAUUAUAUUUACACUCAUAUGAAGACCUCUUUGCAUUCCCAGACCUAUGCUGAAUGUCCUUAGGAUAAAUGAGACCAGUUAAAUAUAAAAUAGAUAGUAAAUAGUGAUAUAUAAUCUUCUAUUAAUAGGUAGCUAGUGUCCAACAUAAUGAAAAUAAAAAUAAUACACUAAAUAAAAAAGAAGUAUUUCAUGCAUAGUUUUUGAAGUAUUUUAUGAAGGAUGGUAAGUCUUAAUAUCCCCAUUUUACAAAUGGGGAAACUGAGGCACAGAGCAGUGAAUGGCUCAACAUCACACAGCAGGUCACUUUCAGAGCCAGGAAUAGAGUAUAGCUUUUUAUUAAUACUCAGUACGAUGCACAAUAAGUGCAAUGAGCAUUAUGUAGAAUAAUUAAUUGUAUGAGGUGUACAAUUGAUGUUUUCAUGAGGGAAAAUUUUGCAAGGUGAAAGAUGAGCAUGCCAGCACUGGCAAUUGCAUUAGCAGUUUUUUGCAUAGCACGGUCAGGGACAACUAUUCUAGAGACAAAGCUGUUUGAUUAAUCAAAUCAAUUUUCCACUGUAACAAUGCAGAGAGGUUAUGUCUGCCAGCAAUCUAAUUUGAAAUCAAAUGUUUAUGGAUUAAUGAACACAAGACAAUUGCUUCCAAGCUUCUUUUCAAACAAAAGAUCUUAGGUCUUUAGAAAUGUGGAUAAGUAGAGAAUCAUUAGCCAGGGCUGGCAGUACAAAUAGACCUAACUCCCUAAACAAACCCUCUUUACUACCCCCCCAAAAGAAAAACCCCCAAACCCCCACCCUUGGAUUAUUAUUUAUUUGGUUAAACCAUAGUAUGCCAUAAAUAAGGGUAACUCCAUGUAUUUCAGUGAAUCAGGUCCCUCAAAUUUAAAGGAAAUAGGAAACUUAUCCGUGGUCUAACAUUAUAAUUCAGUAACAUUGAGUUCAAUGGAACUGUGCCUGUUUACAUCAAUGGAGGAUUGAAAUCAUAAUCUCCUUUUCAAAAAAGAAAUCCAGGCCAUGUUUUGGAAUGACCCUUUUGCUAAAAUAUAUUGGAAAAUUCAGUCUCCCUUUUGUACUCUUACGUGAGGUUACUCAUGACAUUAUCUUUAAAAUCUCCAAACAAUUGGCUUAUUAUAAAAGGAAACAUGUAAUCCACUUGAGUAUAAAAGAAACUUCUUCUGCUUUUAUAAGAAACAACUGAAUUAAUUCUGGUACCAUUUUGUGUUCCCUUUGGUCCCUUUCUUCCCUAAGAAGACUAUUUGCUUUGGUUUGAUACUAAAUUGGUGGUAUCUAAAUGCUCCCCAUUGAGUUUAACAGUUAAUUUUGCAUAUUGGAAAAAGAAAUCUUUGCUCUGAUGUUUUAUGUCAUCCCCAUGGUGCCACUGACAAAUAAGAAGCAUAUAGCUCUUAUUGAGUCAAGAGAAUAGUACAACUUCUCUGAAGAAAAUUGGCUGGCUUUCACUCACUACAUAAAAAAUGGUCAGUUAAACACAGAAGCAGCUGGAAGUGAAAAUCCUCCUGUUGUCAAAGGUGAAAAUUAAACUGCUUCCUGCUUUGACUUGCUCCUUUUCCCUCUAAGAUUAUUUUAUCUUUAUGUUGUAAUGCUUAUACUACUGGUUAAGGCCAGCCCGCUAAUGUGAACGCCUGGAAUCAAUUUUACAAGCCUUCUUCACUUUGGGUAGCCCUUGCUUUACGAGUAGUUUCACUGAUUUCCAAGCAAAAUAUACCUGAGUCUCUGAAUUUACGUUUUAAGACUGGUUUCAGAGGAACAGCCGUGUUAGUCUGUAUUCGCAAAAAGAAAAGGAGUACUUGUGGCACCUUAGAGACUAACCAAUUUAUGUGAGCAUGAGCUUUCGUGAGCUACAGCUCACUUCAUCGGAUGUAUACCGUGGAAACUGAGCUACAUGUAGCUCUUCUGCAAAGAUCUGAAGAGGAGCUCUGUGUAGCUUGAGAGCUUGUCUCUUUCACCAACAGAAAUUGGUCCCAUAAACAUAUUACCUCAUCCAUCUUAUUUCUCUGUAUCUCAUAUUGUUUUUACUGCUUCUUUAUAAUUUCAGAAGUUACAACAAAUAAUAUCCAUGGCAAAGUGAAUAAGAUGAUAUAACAAUUGUCUCACAACACUGUGCAUGUAUGGAGCACUGUCUAAGAUUGAAUUAGGCUGUUCUCAGUGGUGGCAGAUGACAGAACAAGGAGCAAUGGUCUCAAGUUGCAGUGAGGGAGGUCUAGUUUGGAUAUUAGGAAAAACUAUUUCACUAGGAGGGGGGUGAAGCACACUGGAAUGGGUUACCUAGGGAGGUGGUGGAAUCUCCUUUCUUAGAGGUAUUUAAGGCCCGGCUUGACAAAGCCCUGGCUGGGAUGAUUUAGUUGGUGUUGGUCCUGCUUUGAGCAGGGGUUGGACUAGAUGACCUCCUGAUGUCUCUUCCAACCCUAAUCUUCUAUGAUCCUAUGACUAUGAGAUAUGUAGGGAGCUUUGCAUCAGGAGAGUAAGACAAAGUUAUUCUACUGCACCAGGAAAUAUGGCUUUGUACAACUUACCCAGAGAACAUCAGCAUAUAGGCAAUUUAUGAAUGUGUUACCACAGAGUUCAGAGUCACUUUCAACACUUUUAAGACCAGCUUUACUUCUCUUUUGAGAAAUCCCAAACUACUUUUCAUCUUUAUAAUACAAAAAUUGACUAGAGAUCCUCAGCUGGUGAAAAUUGGCAUAGCUCACUAAAGUGUUUGGUGCUAUGCUGAUUUACAUCAGAUGAGGAUCUCUUCUUAUGAACUUUGGAAAAAUGUAAUUUUGUGGGAUUAAAAGAAGGGUGCAGAACAUUUUAUAGCAAUGAACUAUGAUAUGGGCACUGUCCCACUUCCACUGAAGUUACUGGAAAAAUUUACACUGGAGUCUUUGGAUCAGGCCCUAAGAGAUAACAGUUUGCAAUUGCUUAGAUCAAAGGGAGAUAAAAGACAACAGGCAUAUCAAGUUGUGAACUUCCAGUCCCUGACUGAAACAGCUUGCAAUAUAAAUUAGAAAUAAAAUAGCUAGGUAGUCAGUGGAUGGGAUAUGGAAGGAAGAGAAUUAUAACAGUGAGAGAGCAUGCAAUAUGUUCACAACCAUGUAUGAAUCUCAUAUGCUACUGUUAGGUUUUAUUAUUAAUAAUUAAUUUUAUUUAUAGUAUUUUUUAUAUAUAUAAUGUGGUAAAGUUUGGCGCAGUGUGUGGAGGAGUUCAGGAAAGGAGCCAAAUGGAACUUUCCUAUCAUACUACAAUGGCAGAUCUUUUCAAACCUUCACUAUUAAAAGCUCUGUCUGCAUUAAUCCUGGAAAUGCACUUUUGGGAUGGUGCAUGGAGCUAACAUUUCCCCGAUGUAGCUAGGGCUUUGGCAUGCAUGUGAUUUUUUUUUUUUAAAUUGUGCUAGACUAGAGAAAUCAUUAUCAAGAGCACAGAUUUGUAGAAUGGUUUAAAUGGUUAUAGCUUGGCUAAGCCUUGUCUACACUGACGAGAGAAACUAUCCUAGCACCUCAUAUUUGAAUAUGGCAUUGGCUAACAUAAGCUGCAAUGUAGACUGUGGUGACCUGUUCAGAAGGACCCACAUUUCUUACAUGCACUUAAAUAUUUCUGCUAGAGGCAGCACAGGAUAGAAGUUUGUCUUUUGCCUGCCAUCUCUGUUCUGGUGAGCAGAAUUUCUCAGUUGGAUGUAAACUCUCUAAAUAUAUUUAGAAAUGUAUUAUUUUGAUACCCCCAUUACCACAAGAGGCAUCCUGCUGUUUUAUAUAGUGUUUUGAAUAUUCCAGCCUUCUGUUGCUGGUUUCCACAAUGGCACUUUUUUAUAUGUGCUAAAAUAUGGCCACCUCAUGUUAAGUUUCCAAUAUAAUCCUUGAAACUGGUCAUAAAUAACGUUUACAGUGUUCCUAUCAGUAAUGAAUGUGUUAAGUGUGGUUUAGGUUUGAAUGGAGUAACAUCAGAUUUAAAUAUAAUUCUACAUUGCAGAAUUUUAUGCAGGUUAACCUCUGUGCACAUUACAGAAUAAAAUAAACUAGCUCAGUGAUCUAGAGAUGGUGUACACUGUGCCCAUGGGUGAAUGAGAUUGAUUCUUGCAACAGUCUGCUAACAAAAUUGUUUAGUGUGUGAAGUGCAUGUAGAUCGUGUAAUCAGAUUCAUGGCUGCUGUUCUUAUUUAGGGCACAAGGUGUUGCAGAUUUCUAGAGAAUAAUAAAAUACAAUCUUAAUUUAAAAAAUAAAAAAGAGGAGCCAUACCUAGGAGGUAAAAUAAAUCAACUUCAGACACCUAAGAUAUCAGAGGAACAAUGCUUUUUAAUUUUCCUGUAAUUUGAUCAUUACUAUUUAGUUAUUUUGAGGUUGAUUUACUUAUUUAUUUUUAUUUCAGAAUUAAAAUUCUAAUGAGCUCUAAUAUGUGGAAGGGAAAGUUUUUACCGAAUUAAAAAAUGCUGUUAAACUUGUCACUGAAAGUGGACCUCAGUGCAGUUAAUUUUUAACAAGCUUUUAUUGCAGAGUUCACUAGAUGAUCAGUCAUAGAUUUUUAGAUGUUUGGAUUCAGCUGUUAACUCUUCCUGUCACUGGAAUAAAACCAAGUUUUACAAGUUUUAAUUCGUGUGUGUGUGUGAGUGAGAAGAGAGAGAGAGAAAGAGAGAGGAAUAGUACCAUUUAUCAAGAAUCUCAUAUUUAACUAAAACAACCCUGAAAGGGAAUGCUCUCAGUAAUUGCUCUUUAACAGAUUCAGGUGGAAGAAUGCCAAGUUUUUUUGUUACACAAUAGGUGCAAUCAUGUGAUAGAGUUUCCAGUUGGGAGUUGAAAACCGAAAACCUGACAUGCAUAAGUGAAUAAACCUGCCCUAUGUGAUGUGUUGAUUUAGUAUUUUUCCUCCUUAAAAAUACAGCUGGAGUUCUGCCUUUGUCUGGGAACUGAACAGACAAGGCUAUGUGCAACACAAAAUUAAUUUUGCAUUGACAUUCUGGAUGUUGGUGAUAAUUUGUACUGACAUUGUGGCUAUUGGUUAUUAUUGUGACAAGCAGGCUUGAUCCAAGUGGACACUGUGAGAGCCAAAUUUAAUAGACUUAUCAUUGUAAUUUUCUGCCUUGAGGACAACAGAGACUUUCCAGUGUUCCUUUACCACAACAAUCAUGGAUUACAAUAUAACAAGUCCACAGGAUUGGGAGAGGAUUGAGGGGAUUAAUGGAGUAUGACAAAAUUGCACCUAAGGGGGAAAAGUCUGUCGCAGUUUCUCUAUGGUGAUGUGGUAGGCCAGGCAAAUUGGCAAUUGCUACUGAUCUUUACACAUGCAUGUCUUCAAAUAAAGUGUGUGGAAAGUCAAGCGGAAUGCAACUAUGUGGCUAAGGCUGUCAUGAUCAUUUAUGUCUCAAAUGUACAAAUCACUUAAUACUAUCUUUUUAAGUAUUUCAGUGAUCAACUACAUUAAGCAUCAAUAGAUUGUAGGCAUUGCACUAAAUCAUUUUAUGUUCUGUUAUAACCUCUUAUCCUGCCAAACUAAAUCCUAAAAAAGAUUAAAAUGUAGGGUUAGGCCAAGUCUCUUUAAGAUUAAUUAAGGAAUAUAAUUCCUGUUCAGUAGGAAUGUUCCAGCCUCAGAAUUUUAGAAACACUGAUAUUAAAAUAGGUUUGCUGUCUGCAUUUAUUUGCUGACAUGCUUUUAAAUAAGACCCCAGUUCCCCAUCCCUUUAAAAAUGUCCAUCUCACAGCAGAAUAUAUUUUAGCCCUAUUUCUCAUGGAAUAUGAGUAUAUUAGUAACAAUAUUGGCAUGUGGGGAUUGCCAGUAUUGGGUUUGGUUCUCCUCUCACAUGGGUGUAAAAUAGGAGUCAGUCCAUUGACUGCAAUGCAGUUACAUCUAGGUGAAAACAAAGAGACUAGGAGAAUGACACUUGUUUUGGUUUGUGACAGGAAAUCCUGACUCUUCAUUUCAAGCAUAUUUAGAUAAUUAGAGCUAGAUGCUUUUCUCUUUUACACUGGCACAAAUUUGGAGUACAUUUGGUUUUAGAUUUAUGCUGGUGUAAAUGCCGGCAGAACCUGGUCCCUAGAACAUCCUUCUUCCAUGGAAAUUAAUGUGAGCGCUUAAUUAUUAAUUAAAAAAAAACAACAAAACAAGUCAUGUCAAUCUAGCAAGAACUACACAAGAGGGACAAAAUUAGCGAAAGAAGAAAAAUCACAAACAUUUAUCAGUGGCUGAGGUCAUAGCUCAUGUGUUUUGAAUCGUUUAGGAAGUGCUUUUGCAGCAGUGUUGACUGAAGGUCAUGUUGUUAUUUAGGCUUUUUGCUCGUAGGCCAGCAGGCAAUUCAUUAAUUCCAUUAGCUAUCCACUCCGCAGGCUGAGACGUGCAGAUGUAAUUGUCAACAAUUCCUACAGUAUAUUUAAGCUGUCAAGGCUUCUGUAAGGGUUCUGUUAUCCUGUUUGGUGAUAUCAGUAGGCACGGAGGGUUAUUUCAUGUCUUUAAAAAGUAGAAAUAAAGAGAACUUUGUGCUACAGAACCUAUCCUAAAAGAUUUCAACUUCACUGUUAACUUAAAGUGACAUUCCAGCACAGAAACGCUGAGUAGAUUUCUAACUGGCAAAGUUUCUGAUUUUCUUUUUUUAAAUGAGUCUUGAAGCCAUUACAGUGUUCUCUCUAAACCCAAACCUGUAUUCUUUCUAAUAGCCAGAUGGAGGAGUUCUCUUCUCCUUCCCAAUGGCACAGUGAUACAUACAGUGGCCCAGAUCCUGCACACUGCUCCAUGUGGGUAGAUUCUUGUGCAGAGUACAGGUGAAGCCGGUGGUGCUCUGUGCAGGCACACAGGUUUCCUCCCACAUGGAUCCAGUUGCCCGAUUGGGGCCUAUAUUUUUUUAUACCAUCAUUUCACCCUAAAAUUUCUGGUGGGUAAGUGAGAAGGAAAAGUGACAAACGACGAACAUGUUUUGUCUGUCACUAGUAUAUAUUCUUAAUAUUAACUGGUUGUUAGUUGCUUUGAUGGCUUUUGUGUCUGAGUGAUGGUCAGAACCAGAAUGUACUAUAUUUAGUAAAUGAGAGGCAAGGAGAUAUUCCUGACUUAUGAGCCCAGUCAAAAGUAGAUCGUAUCUGCAUGCGUGUGUCUGCCCGCUAAGCCAGGCACUGUUAUGAAACAGUGCCCUGCAGAGAAAAGUUUAUUUUCUCACGUAGAAGAGACCGUUACCUUGAAAAGAUUGCAAGACUGCUUGGAGUGAAAUGCCUCAUAUUUAGCUGUGAUGCGUGAGUCCUGGAGAGGUACACAAGAAUUUAACUUGCUCUUCCGCUCUAUAGCCUACAUAAAAAUAGCCUGCUCUCUCUUGAGAUCUUAAUACACCAUAAAGCCUUAGUGGCAUUUAAAAAUCUUUAACUUUCAGUUAAUAUACAUUUCAGUAUGUUGCUUUUAUUUUAACAAUAAUGAAUAUAAAGCUGUGCUGUCCUUCGCCAUGCUUUGAGCUGUUCAGAUAACGCACGGCAGGGUAGUUAGGCAUGACUCAAAUAGGCCCACUGUGCGCUAUUUGAAUGGAAAGUACUUCUUUUCAUUCAUCAUUGCUUAACUAGUUUUCUGGUUAUGUGUUUCCUAAACUUUCUGAAUGACACCCUUAUGCCCACAAUUCCUAAUUUGUUUAAGGUCAGUGCCAAAUACUUGACACUCUGUUAAAGCUGUUAUUCCUUAAGCUCUGUUUGUAAAAUGGUCAGGUUACUGCUCAUUUUUGGAUGUUGCAAAAGAAAAUGCAUUUCACGUAUUUCUGGAGAAAUCCUUUGUCACUGUGUAACAAAUGAUUAUUCUAUGAAAGAUGACAAAAUGUGGUAAAGGAGUCUGUCUGGGAAAAGGUUCCCCCUAUUAUGUGAUAUAACGUAUGAGUAAUCAUAAAUGUAAAACACUUGAUGUGACAAUUUCCUAUAAUUAUUAUUCAGUAGUUAGUAGGCACAGUAUACUAUAUUACUCCUGUUAUGUAUUUAUACGGUGGACGCUAUGUAUUCAUAAUAUGGUUUAACAUGUUGCAUACGUAGUAUCUACCCAGCUGAGGGAUAUUCUUCCCCCAAGUUGACAAUUGAAAACUGACAGUGUUCUUUUUCUUUUCUUUCUUUUUCUUUUCUUUUCUUUUCUUUUCUUAUGAGCCACUACAAGGUAGAAAAUAUUUAAGGAUAGCAGUGUAUUUACUUCUUCUUUACAUUACCGAUUGUUGAAUCUCUCUCUGUCUCUCUCUCUCUUUAUAUAUGCAAGAAAUAGCUGAAAAAAUCAGGUAAAGUGUUUCAAUGUUUUAAAGUAGUAGUAGAUACCAUUGCUAUGUAUUUAUUACAGGCAUAGUUUAGAAGAGAAGAAGAUGAUGUCAAUGAUUCUGGAAUAUUUUCUUCAUUGUAGUGGCCACUGAGUUGAAUGGGAAUUCAUUGAUGUGUAUAGUAAUACAUCUUGCAAUUCAUGGUUUCUAAUCAAUGUUGGGCAGUGAAAACCAACAACUGUACUUUAUAAAAUGGACCUUUGUGCAUUCUGAUUUGAUUUAAGAAUUGAUUUCAUAAAAGAAGGUAUUCAAAUAGUUGUACAAUUAAAAUGUGUUAAGUUCCAUUUUUCUUUUGCUAUAUUUUGUAAAACAUUUUCAAUGUAAACAGUAUGCGUCUCACACAUGUCAAAUCAAAAGUCCUACUAUUUAUUCAAAAAUAUAUUUACCUAAUGUAACUGGAAGCUUAUUGCACUCUCAUAAAUGUAUAUAUUGUGACUUCAAAAGUAUGUACUGAACUUUUGCUUAAACUACUUAGUAUGUGGAUUUCUUUCAAAUUUAUUUUUCAUUAAUGAUAUUAAGGUUAAGGUCCUUUACUAUAUGUACUUUAAAAUUCACAAUAAAGUUUCAGAAUUUGUUUUAUACAA